AUGGAGGCGAACAUGCGCAAAUUCACAGUGCGAAGGUGGUUCUCGGUGUACCUGCGCAGGAAGUCGCGCUCGAAGAGCUCCAGUCUGUGCAAACUAGAGGAUGAUGGCAUCCUAAAAGAGAUUGAUAUAAGCAACCAUGUGAAGGAAGGCUUUGAGAAAGCUGAUCCCUCCCAGUUUGAGCUGCUAAAAGUACUGGGACAGGGCUCCUACGGAAAGGUAUUUCUGGUGAGAAAAAUCAAAGGUUCGGACACUGGGCAACUUUAUGCCAUGAAGGUUUUAAAAAAGGCAACCCUGAAAGUGCGGGACAGGGUGCGAUCCAAAAUGGAGAGGGACAUCCUUGCUGAAGUGAAUCAUCCUUUCAUAGUCAAACUUCACUAUGCAUUUCAGACAGAGGGAAAACUAUAUCUCAUUCUUGACUUCUUACGAGGUGGUGAUCUCUUCACCCGACUCUCUAAAGAGGUGAUGUUUACUGAAGAGGAUGUGAAGUUCUAUCUGGCUGAGCUGGCUUUAGCUCUGGAUCAUCUUCAUAGCCUGGGCAUUAUCUACCGUGACCUUAAACCAGAAAACAUUUUACUUGAUGAGGAAGGACAUAUAAAGAUCACUGAUUUUGGCCUGAGUAAAGAGGCGAUUGAUAAUGACAAGCGAGCAUACUCAUUUUGUGGGACCAUCGAGUACAUGGCACCGGAAGUGGUUAACAGAAGAGGGCACACACAAAGCGCUGAUUGGUGGUCAUUUGGAGUCUUAAUGUUUGAAAUGCUGACUGGAUCUCUGCCAUUUCAAGGCAAAGACCGAAAGGAGACCAUGGCACUUAUUCUAAAGGCAAAGCUUGGUAUGCCACAAUUUUUAAGUACAGAGGUCCAAAGCUUGCUGCGAGCACUUUUUAAAAGAAAUCCAGUCAACAGAUUAGGAGCCGGUCCUGAUGGGGUAGAAGAAAUCAAAAGAAAUCACUUUUUUGCCACCAUAGAUUGGAAUAAAUUGUACAGCAAGGAGCUCAAACCUCCAUUUAAACCAGCAGUUGGCCGGCCAGAAGACACCUUCCAUUUUGAUCCUGAAUUCACCUCUCGCACACCAACUGACUCACCUGGUGUUCCUCCUAGUGCUAAUGCCCAUCAGCUUUUCAGAGGCUUCAGCUUUGUGGCCACAAGCCUGGGACAGGAGCAGUCUAUAGCAGAGACCAGACCAAUCUCUGUCAAUCCUAUAGUACAGCAACUUCAUGGCAAUAACAUCCACUUCACUGAUGGCUAUGAACUAAAGGAGGACAUUGGCCUUGGCUCAUAUUCAGUCUGCAAACGCUGUAUUCACAAAAUAACCAGUGUAGAGUAUGCUGUAAAAAUCAUUGACAGAGCUAAAAAAGAUCCAUCUGAAGAGAUCGAGAUUCUUCUGAGAUACGGACAACACACAAAUAUCAUCACUCUAAAAGACGUCUAUGAUGAUGGAAAGUUUGUGUAUCUGGUUAUGGAAUUAAUGCGGGGAGGAGAGUUGCUGGACCGCAUCCUACGUCACAAGAGCUUUUCAGAAAAAGAGGCUUCGGCUGUGCUUUGCACCCUCACCAAGACUGUGGAGUAUCUGCACUCACAGGGGGUUGUACAUCGUGACCUAAAACCUAGCAAUAUUCUGUAUGUGGAUGAAUCGGGUGACCCGGAGUCGAUCAGGAUCUGUGAUUUUGGUUUUGCCAAGCAGCUCCGAGCUGAAAACGGCCUCCUCAUGACCCCUUGCUACACUGCCAACUUUGUGGCUCCAGAAGUUCUGAAGAAGCAGGGAUACGAUGCUGCAUGUGACAUCUGGAGUCUGGGAAUAUUACUGUAUACCAUGCUUGCAGGAUUCACACCCUUUGCUAAUGGGCCAGAUGAUACACCGGAGGAAAUCUUGGCUCGAAUCGGCAGUGGAAAAUACACCAUCUCUGGGGGGAACUGGGACAUGGUGUCUGAUGCUGCUAAGGACAUUGUUACUAAAAUGCUGCAUGUGGACCCUCAUCAGCGCCUGACCGCCCGCCUGGUACUCAGGCAUCCCUGGAUUGUAAACCAAGAGCAGUUAUCUCAGAGUCAGCUUAACCGACAGGAUGUGCAGCAGGUCAAGGGUGCCAUGUCUGCCACCUACUCUGCUCUGAACCAGAUGCCGCAGGCUCCGAAACUUGAGCCCGUCCUCGCGUCCUGUCUAGCUCAGAGAAGAGGCAUGAAGAGAGUGACCUCCACUUGCUUGUAG